AUGCCAUCCAUCAUGGACCCCUCGGCCAAUUCACCUGCUUCUGGCAAAAGCCAGCGCAUCGAAUAUAUCAUCUCCUUCUCUCGUGAUCUGCGGAAGAUAUCCCCAAUUGAGAUUGACGAAGCCGGAUUGCGUGACUCCAUAAACGAGAUUCAUAAUCAAAUCCGUGCCAUCAGGUCCUACACACUACGAUCUCCCGGCCCGCAGCGGUAUGCACAACUAGACAGCGCCGGCCUUGAGCUCUGGAACUGGUGUACGCAGUUGAAACGCCAGUAUGCCAGUGAUGCGUCCCCCACAGCGAUCAGAUUCCUUGUCCUUGUCCGGGUUUUCUCUUUCCAAAUAUUUGCCCUAGCGCAAUGGGGGGACAACAACACGGCGGGAGAUCUGGUCCGCCUGCAAAGGCUGGCACUCAAAACCGGCAGAUUCUGUAUUGCCAACAGUGAACUGGAGUUCGCGGAUCUGGCGCUGCAGAAAGCCGCCGAAUACAACGGGCUCUUGCAGAAACUGCAAGCCAAGCUACCCGCAGAGGAGUUGAGCGCAUGCAAGCGGUCGGAGAUAGAGUGUCUAACUCUUCGUAUAGCGUUGGCUUGGAAAGACGGCAAGCUUGCUGUCGCUGAUCAUUUGUAUGAGAAUCUCGAGAAGUCACAGAAGAUGCUGGAUCCAACAUCGGCAGAAACUCUUAUCGGUUCUCUGCUCGAGAUUGGGAAGGACCUCUCGGUGAAGAAGAACUUCGUCCUGGCCGUCAAAUGGCUCGAGCGAGCAUACGGCCUCAUCAACCGCCAGGAGUUGGGCCAGUUGUCAAGAGACGCUGUCGAAAUGCGACUGGCAAUCUCACAAGCGCUGAUCCAAGCGUACUUGAACACAGACACCGCCGACGGCUUUCAGAAGGCUGAAAACCACGUUGGCUACAUCCAGAACGAGAUGGGCGACAGCCUUGUUGUCCUCCUCCUUCGACUAGAGAUCCUGCUGCAUUCUCCCGGCGAAGUAUUUGACAGUGACUCUUAUGCCAGUGUUCUUCGACGCAUGAUCAGGACUGUUGACAUCUCCGAAUCUAGCUUCAAGUUGGUAGUGCAUCAUAUAAGGAAGCUGGAUGACAAAAGCCCAGGCCUCGCCUGCUCAGUCCUUGACGAGUUCAUCACAUCACGCAUACUGCCAGCACAACGCGACGAGUGGGUUGACAAGGUUGUCAUUUUGCGGAGCCACAUGGCUGUGACGCAUCGGGAUACCAGUGAGGGUAUCCAGGCACUUACAGCGAUGUUCGAUCAAGUUGAGACAACUACAGAGAAACCGCUCCCAGCUGCCACAGCACUCGGAGUUCAGAUCUUGGUGUGGAAGAAGGUAGAUGCCAAUUUCAACCAGGGCCAAGUGGACAUUGCAGAGCUAUGGUGUCGUCUACUCCUCCACCCUGUUCUGCAACAGUCUGGUCCCCUAAACACCGCCAAGAUCUCCAGAAAACUAUUGCUUUGUGCUCUCCAGAGAAAUAAUUUAAACGGCGCGGCAGAAGUUCUACACUCCAUGAGCGACGCAGCGAGAAGAGACCCGAUGACGAUGUACCUAGCGUACAAGUUGGCUUUGAUCAAUGGUGACAGAGAAAUGGUUCUCGACUCCCUCCACCAUAUCAGUGAAGCUUCAUCGAAGGACCAACGAUACCUGUACGCUUGUUGUACGGAGGCGCAGCGAGCAAACGACAAGUUGUGCCUUCUCAAAGCAUUGCAACAUCUGUACAAGAGGCACGACUACACCUCGAUGGCUGUCACACAUGUUCCUGCUCUCUUGCGCAUGAUCAUACGGCUGGAUGUAACGCUGCUAGCUGACAAGGAACAACAUGAGAUUGAUCGACAUACCCUUGUAGACGAUAUAUGCGAGGUAUUUGAAUCAGUUGUCACGGCGCUGAAGAAAAGCCCUCGAGACGGGAAUGACAACAAGCUCUUCACUGUCGAUGAACUCGACUGGUUCAGCAAGAAUGCAUACAACCUUGGUCUCUCGAACUUGACUACCUGGGAAGCGCAGCAUGUCGUCCGCAUUCAAAAAUGCUGCCUCGCAAUCAUCGCACAAUACCCCCCAGACAUUCCAGCCCAGGCGUCAAAGGAUAUUUCAUUACGCGGCAUGUUCUGCAACUUUCUUGCAGCGACAACGCUCAUUGCCUUGGCGCGGUCCGAGGACAACGUUGAGUUACAGCUCCAAAGAUAUCUCAAUAUGCGCAACCAUAUCAAAGACUUUGAUGCCGCGUUGGAAGCUGGCUUGAGAGGCCUGGACGAAGAUAUUGCACGAGACCUGCAGGCGAAGCUCUCAACGCUAUUGGUAUUCGACUUCGAAGGAGCUGUGUGCCUUAAGUCUUAG